AUGUUCGAGCACAAAGCGGUGCAAGAUUACGAAGACAUGAUGCAAGAUCUACGGGAUUGGGCGCAGCAGUGGUACAGCGACCUCACGCAGCGGGCCACCGACGGCACCGAGUGGCAGGAGUGGUGCGUGGCCUUCAUGACGGAUGUACUUCUGAGCGGUUCCAACGAGGCCCUGAGGGAACCCGACUCGAAUGAUGAGCAGCCGUCGGCCGGGACCGCGUGCCGGUCCAGUUGCCCGCGGUGGUCCGUGCUCCUGGGUUGGCUGCUGCUACCUUUUCUAUCGGACGCCGUCGGUGAAGAGAGGCUUCGGCACCACGCUCAGCACCGCAAGAUGGGCAACACCCACCGCAGGAACGACGCGGAGGGCGCGCAUCUACAGCAGGCGCAACGGCGGGAGAGAGCUACCCAUGGGCUGGCCCUGCUGCCGUUCUCGGUCUCCACCAAGACGGCGCUGGGCUGCUACGUGCCCAACGGGCGCCGCUUCCUGGACUUCGCGCUGGUGGUGAACCUGCCGAUGAUGAGCCGAGAGGAGAUCGACGACUCCCCUCUCGAGCUCUGGGCCGUGCUGGACGAGGCCAUGAGGUUGGCCGGGAGAGUGGGGGCCGCUGACGCCGCCGAGGUCGCCCUGGACGCCUACCUCAGGUCCGCGGAGCUGUUCGCCUUGCAGGCGGCCGACAUCGUGGUCGACGUGGGCGAGGCGGGCGAGCAGAUCGUGGCUCUACGACUCGGGGUGACCGAGCGUGGCGAGAGGACCAAGACGGGCGUGAGGCAGGGCGUGCUGAUCGACCGUCGGCAUGUGAGUGACAUGCUUGUGCGCAGGAAGUCCGAGCGAGGCCCCUCGGACCGAGUCUUCAGCUGCUCGGUGGAUGCCUACCGUCGGGCGCUGAGGCGAGCCUGCGACGACGUCGGUGUCGAGCACUUCCCGCCACGUGCUGCCAGGCACUCGGGGCCGAGUCAUGACGCGGCAACGGGCUACAGGACGGCGCGUGCCAUCCAGCGGCGCGGGCGGUGGGCUUCAGAGAAGAGCGUGCUCAGGUACAUGAAGACGCACGCCCUGGUGGCCGCCCGCGCUGCGCCCCCGCCAGACAUCCUUGAGCGCGGGG